AUGGAACAAGCGAUUUUUCAAUGAAUGAACGCCGGCACCAGAAUGUAAACACAAGCCACCCGGCAUUUUUACUACGAUUCGCGCCACAAGAUCACUGAUACGCUAUUCCACGUGAAUUCGAGGACGGAAAAACAUAAAUAUUAUCUCAUUUUCAUGCUUUGUACACGUCACAAGUGGAGAAUGUCGAUUGAAGUCCUCAAUUGAAGCAGUGGAAUUCCAGUGUCGACGACCGACAGCAGAUACGCGACAAAAGCCGGUCUGGUUUCCAUAUUGUGCCGAUCUGCCGACCAGUAUUUUUCUGGAGAGAAAAAAAAACCGUGGGAGUAAAACUGAGCUGAGGUUACUCUGCCGGUCAGCUUCAGUUUAUCAUCAUGGGGCAUUUACUGGACAGGCUAGGCUUAUUACAAGUCUUAAUUCUGAUCAUCUUCACAACUCUAACCAAAGCUGAUGAUGUGCAAUCCCAGUGCAUCGCGGGUACCUAUAUGAAGUCGUCCUACCCCGAUGCGGGCCACCGGUGCGUUGCGGACUGCGGCCCGGGGCAGUACGGGGACGACUCCACCAGAUCCUGCCAGUUGUGCAGCUCCCCCUGCCUGACCUGCGCCGGGACAGCAGACAACUGCACUAGUUGCUCUGAACCGCAGUUUCUCCUUGGCAACAGAUGUGUAAUGGACUGUGGGAAUAUGUACUCGCGGGGACCGGCCCGAAGCAGACUAAGACUCCGAGGGGGCACCAACGCGUUUGAAGGCCGGGUGGAGAUCCUUCAUGAGGGGGUCUGGGGAUCGAUAUGCAACGACAAAUGGGACAUUCAAGACGCACAGGUCGUCUGCGGCGAACUUCAACUUGGUUCUGCAGUUGACGCUCUAAGCGUGUCUGAUGAUUUUGAAUCGGCAUCACCGCGCAUGCCCAUUCACCUCGAUGACCUCGAGUGCAGCGGGACGGAGUCCAAGCUUGAGUUCUGUCCUCAUUUGGAGUGGGGCAGACACAACUGUGCCCACGAUGAAGAUGCAGCUGUGCGAUGUUCCGGACCCGAUGUCUCCCGUCUUUGCGUUGCUUCGUGCGGGAUGGGUACUACCGCGUGUCCGGUACAAAUCGCUGUGAGCUAUGCUCCUCGGAAUGCCGGACCUGCACCGACCGGCCAGACCACUGUCUCGCUUGCGAGGCCCCGAGAUUCUUGCUCAACGACCGGUGCGUGCUGAACUGCGGCUCGGGGAGCCACGGGAACACCCAGGGCCGAACCUGCGAGGAUUGCCACGAGAACUGCAACAAUUGCUUUGACGGACCGACCAACUCG